UUCCCCAAACUUUCACACGUCUCGGUCUCUCACCACCGCCUGCGUUGCCCCUCUCUGCCGCCGCCAACACCGCGCCGUUGUCUAUCUGUUCACUCUCCCCUACCUUCUUCCUCAGCCUCCAUAUUUAGAGUUUCAAUCUUGAAGAUACAAGCUUUUCCAGUUUCGGUCCAUGCAAACUUAGUUUGAUGGGUUUCAAAAAGCAGCAGUGCAGAUGGAAAUUUAUGAGCUUUUUUUCAGAAUUUGAGAAGCAGUUGUGUGAAUGUUUUUAGAAUUCUGGAGAGAAAAACAGCUGCAAACUCAUUCACCUAUGUGAUACAUGCCAUUACGUUAUUGAGUGAAAAUUUGGGUAGAAAAGUGGCAGUCUUGUAUAGAUAGAUAUAAAUUAAGGAUCUGGAAGUUGCUCCAAUGGCGAAGAAACGAAAAACUCCAUCGUCUCUGCAUACGAAUGAACAUAAACAGGCAGUAGUUCGUGAAGAAGCAAAAGUCUUAGAAAAAGAAGAAGAAGAAGAAGAGUCCUCUAAUGAGGAAGAAAUCGGAGAGUCUUCCUCAUCAGAAGAGGAGUUGGAAUCAGAAUCCGAGGAUGGAGAAGAAGAAGAAUCUUCUUCAGCUGAAGAAGAAGAAGAAGGAGAGGAUGAGGCAUCAAAGCAAGAAGCUCUCCGGGAAUUAUUGGAACCUUUUGGAAAAUCCCAAAUCAUAGACCUUCUCAAAGAAGCGGCAGUGAAGGACCCUAAACUCCUCCCUAAAAUUGUGCAGAAGGCAGAUUCUGACCCCGCCCACCGCAAAAUAUUUGUUUUUGGGCUCGGUUGGGAUGCCACCGCCGAACAGCUCGUCCAGGCAUUCAAGUCCUUUGGUGAAAUCGAAGAGAGCAAGUUAAUCACCGAUAAGAACACUGGGCGUGCUAAAGGAUACGCCUUCGUGAUGUUCAAGACGCGAGCCGCAGCAAAGAAGGCUCUCAAAGUUCCCCAGAAGAGGAUCGGGAACAGGACCGUCACGUGCCAGCUGGCAGCGAUUGGUGCCUCUUCUGGAACAGUGGUAGCCGAGGGAGGAAAUAAUAGGAAAAUGUAUGUGGCAAAUGUAGCGCCCCAUGUAAGCUUCGAGAAGCUCAAAGCGUUUUUUGGGAGGUUUGGAGAGAUCGAGGAAGGACCAUUAGGGGUGGAUCCUGUUACAAAUAAGUUCAAAGGAUUCGCCAUUAUAACUUACAAGUCAACGGAAGGUUACAAGAAAGCGAUGGAGGAGCCAAUUAAGGUGGUUGAGAAUUGUCAAUUGCAUUGCAAGAAAUUUGUUGAGAAUUUUGCCAACAAUUCGUCUGGGCAGACUAGUAACAGUAGUGUGAACCCUGCGGCUACUGAUGUUAACUACAGUAAUUUGGGGAUGAACACAGGUAUGUUGGGAGCAAAUUUGAAUGCGGGCGGGUUUUUGAUGGCGCAGAAUCCAGGGAUUGGAUUGGCAGGGAAUGCUUUAUUAGCAGCAGGGUAUGAUCAAGCAGGUUUAGCUGCUUCAAUAUUUGGUGCAUCAUUGAGUGGUAACUAUGGGAUCAAUAGCAUAAGUCCUACAGUGAUGGGCCGCUACGGGGCGCAAGAAGCUUACAAUGGAUUAGGAAUGUACCAGAAUUCGCAGACAGGGUUAUCAUCUAUAGGCACAAUGGGAACAACAACCACAGCUACCGCAGUAACAAAGGUUCCUACAAGUGGUGGAUCAGCAUCAACAACGUUUCCAUAGUAUUUCAACCGUUAGGUACUUGGUAUAAAUUGCCAUAUUAGUCAUAAAAUGUAUGGGCUGUUGGUGUGGCAUGCUCUGCAUCAGUUUCAAGCUUUGAAAAGCCCCCUAUUGUGAUAGUUAUUUAUGUCACUUUUAGACGCCUUGCCAAUUUCUGUGAACAAGCUGUGUAUUGUUUCAUAGCAUCUUAGGCAUUUAGCAUGUUUUCUGGAACUGACUAAAUGGCUUUCUAUUUCUUCCGUUACAAAACAUGGUUUGAGCAAGAUUUUCCUAAAGAAUAUUAUACCUUUAAAUCCCAAAAGAAUGGUGGCUUCAAAAACUUAUACGGAUUAUUUGAUUUUGUCAUUAAAAGGACAUUGGACUGAGUGAACUGGUACAAAUUGGCGAUUCAUGUGGGGGUCUAAAAUUACAAUCCUAAAAAUUUUACAGUACAAUUCUCGCUUGGGAGUGAUAGCAAACGAAGACUUGUGAAUAGGGUAACAUGCAUGUAAUAGUCUUCUUAGUUCUUAGCAGUGUAUGUAUGGUACUAUGGUGCUGAAACGAAAACCUAAAACUAAUAUUCACCAUUUCAGUCGCAUCGUCAAUUUUGUAGUACCAGGUUUUUUGUUUUUUGUUAGAUUUAUCCCUACAUUCACUUUGCUAUAGUUUUAGGUUCUCAAACAAAUCACCGUGCGUAUGUUCAUGCUCAUUUGGCCGUCUAUGGUUACGAAGACACACUUUGAGUUAUUCAUGAAGUGAAAUGAAAGAUUAUUACUUGUCUUGUCUGUUGGUGUUUGAUUAACUUGAGGUGCUUAUUAUUCUCUUUAUCAAGUGUUUGUAUUAUUGACUGUAAUUCUUUCCCACAGGUUCAUGUUGCUUCUCAACAAAGCUGCAUUUCUGAUUUAUAUAGCUUUUCCAAGUGUCAAUUUUUCAAUAAAUCGCCCUUGCUAUCACCGUUACAGACA